UCGCGACGCCCGUGCUUCCACACUCGUGCUUGCAGCCGACAGUUCCAUUGCUGCCCGAUCUGGAAACCGGACGCGAACUCUCGGUGCACCAGAAACCAGCGCCCCGAGCAGCAAUGGACGUGUCUACCGAGACCCCCGUCCAGACGAAACAGGGUACGAACAAGCCCGGCAGCAAGCAAGAGUUGGGCGACGAAGGCCUCAAGGUCCAGGAGCCCGUGAGGGCGUCUUCCAAGGAGGCGUCCAGGCCAUCUGGAGAAGCGGACGUCGAGCCGCCUCUCAGCGAACUGACUAAGCCCAAGUCUAGCGACGAUGUGGCCAAAGUCGUCGAGGGUGUCGCGGGCCUCCGGGGCACCGAGCCGAUGGAUCCAACGGGCCAGCAGGCAGAGGAGAUGGCGUCGCACACCGAGUCUGUCUCCAAACCUGAGGAAGCCAAGGCGGAAGACCCGGCCUCUGGCAAGCUGCAAACGGGGGACGCUCAAACCACGACCUUCGCGUGGAAGAUCGGUUCGCUGAGCGCCUGAGGGACGAAUGCGCUCUGGGUUUCACGGAAUGCCGCCACGAGCUUCCGAGUCUCAGCCCCCUGAAUUGAUGCCACUACUCUUCUAAUAAAUUGGUUCGUAGCCCUCUUCCCGCUCGAGUGCUUGUGGUUCUGUUCGGUGUUUGAAAACGCGGCAGUCAUUGCGGUCGUUGGGCGCACUCAAAAACGACAUAGGGUGGUACUCACCAAACGCCCAUCUGAAUUG